CUUUUGAGCUAAGGCAUCUCGUCCAAUCAAAACCAAAAAAACACACAUAAACACGCACUUAUCUGCAUCACCAUCAACCGUGUAAGUUUUUAGUCAAAGUUCGUAAUUUCCUCUUUUGUCCGAAUAAUCUCUUAGCAUAUUAUAUAUAUUUGUUUAAUUCUGUGUGUAUAUAUAUAAAAAUCAUUUCAUAUUGAUAAUAACCACUGUUGAUUCAAUCUUUUUCCGAGUUCAACAGAUUUAGGGUUACUUAUAGAUCUAUUAAGUAUAAUUACCAGAUUUCGAUUGUAUUUUUCUAGAAAACCGUUUUUCAUUUCAAAAGAUAUAUACAAUAGAUUAACAAUUCCUUCAAUAGUGGAAAUGGGUAGCUGCAGUUGUAUUGGACUAUCCUCAUCGAAACCAUUUUGCCGUAGGAUCUUAAUUACUUAUAAAAGAUCUUCGCUUUUUGGUUUUCAAAUCCCUAUUUCUAAUCACUCAGCUGUGAUUAAUUUGCCGAAAUCUCGAUUUAAGUUACUUGGUUCAAGGGGAAGUCAUACUUGUAAGAGUAAAGUUCUAGGGUUUAGAGAAGGUGCGAUUGAUCCAAACUUAGGUUUUAGAGAUGUAAGCGAUUCAAAUCAGAAGGGUUUUUGUGGUUCUGCUUUGAAUUGGGGAAGACAGCCUAGGGUUUUAUUGAAUGGUUGUCUAGCUGGAGGAAUCGAUAGGAGAUUCAGCAGGCUUGUAUCUAAAGUAGCCUCGGAUUAUAGAAAUCAUUCAACGUCAGUUGAAUCCCAUGUUAAUGACACAAGCUGGGAAAGGAUUUACAUUAAAGGGAGAUUGAAUGUGAAGCCUCUAGUGAUUGAGGAGGUGGAAAGAAAAGAUGAAAAUGAAGAGAAAGUGUUGGAUUAUAGUCAUUCAAGUGUAAAUAAAGAAUCUCUUGAUACUGUUUUAGGAGAUGAGAGAAAGGAAUCUGAGAUUGAGAAAGAAGCAUGGAAGUUGCUUAGAGGGUCAAUUGUGAAUUACUGUGGAACUCCAAUUGGAACUGUUGCAGCAACUGAUCCAGCUGAUAAACUGCCAUUGAACUAUGAUCAAGUUUUCAUUCGUGAUUUUGUUCCUUCUGCUCUUGCAUUCUUGCUCAAUGGAGAAGGAGAGAUUGUCAAGAACUUUCUGCUCCAUACUCUCCAAUUGCAGAGUUGGGAAAAGACAGUUGACUGCCAUAGCCCUGGUCAAGGGUUGAUGCCAGCAAGCUUUAAAGUUAGAAGUGUGGCUCUUGAUGGAAAAUCUGGUGAAUUUGAGGAUGUUUUGGAUCCUGAUUUUGGUGAAUCAGCAAUUGGUCGUGUUGCUCCUGUUGAUUCUGGUUUGUGGUGGAUUAUUUUAUUAAGAGCUUAUGGAAAGAUCACAGGUGACUACAGUUUACAAGAAAGAGUAGAUGUUCAAACAGGAAUAAGAUUAAUACUCAAAUUGUGUUUAUCUGAUGGAUUUGACAUGUUUCCUACUCUUCUUGUAACUGAUGGAUCUUGCAUGAUAGAUAGAAGAAUGGGUAUUCAUGGUCAUCCUCUUGAAAUUCAAGCACUAUUCUACUCAGCACUACGCUGCUCAAGAGAAAUGGUGAAAGUCAACGAGUCAACACAAGGUCUAGCAGCUGCCAUCAACAACCGAUUAAGUGCACUCUCGUUCCACAUACGCGAAUAUUAUUGGGUUGACAUGAAAAAGAUAAAUGAAAUUUAUCGUUAUAAAACGGAGGAAUAUUCUACAGAUGCUAUUAAUAAAUUUAACAUUUAUCCUGAACAAAUUCCAUCUUGGUUGGUGGAUUGGAUACCUGAAUCUGGAGGGUAUCUUAUUGGAAAUUUGCAGCCUGCUCAUAUGGACUUUAGAUUCUUCACACUUGGGAAUUUGUGGGCCAUAGUUUCCUCUUUGGGUACUCCGAAACAAAAUGAUGGGAUUUUGAAUUUGAUUGAAGAGAAAUGGGAUGAUCUUGUUGCAAAUAUGCCUCUCAAGAUUUGUUAUCCUGCUCUUGAUUAUGAUGAAUGGCGUAUAAUUACUGGAAGUGAUCCUAAAAACACUCCUUGGUCAUACCACAACGGCGGAUCUUGGCCUACUCUUCUUUGGCAGUUCACGCUUGCAUGCAUCAAGAUGAAGAGGCCAGAACUCGCAAGAAAAGCAAUUGCUUUAGCCGAAAAGCGGCUUUCAUUGGAUCAAUGGCCAGAAUAUUAUGACACAAGAUAUGGAAGAUUUAUUGGGAAACAAUCUCGGUUGUAUCAAACAUGGACAAUUGCUGGAUUCUUGACAUCAAAGAAGCUAUUGGAGAAUAGUGAAAUGGCUUCAAAGUUGUUUUGGGAAGAAGAUUAUCAACUGCUUGAGAAUUGUGUUUGUGGGCUUGGAAAACAUGGGAGAAAGAAAUGCUCAAGAUCUGCAGCUAGAUCCCAUUUUGUGCUUUAGAAAAUAGAAAUGAGUUAUUAUUUUGUUCCUAUUUUCUUCAUGACAUGACAAAAUAAAGAAAAACUUAUUCGGAGCUUUGUGAUUCUCUGUCGUGAAACCAAACAUUGUAACUUAUAAAAAUUCGCUUGUUGGUGAUU